AUGCCGAUUAUUCGUAACGAGUCUGAUGUCGUGAUUAGGUUGCUCAAAUCGCAAGCAAAGAUAGCUUUACAUGGCGCUCACGUUUACUCCUGGACUAUCGAUGAUGAGGAACAAUUAUUCAUGUCUUCCGCUACCACUAUCACUGGACCAGCAGCGAUCCGCUCAGCAAAAAGGAAACUAUGCUCACGUUCGAACUUGAUGGUGCUGGGGGCAGAGGUGGUAUUCCUAUCUGCUUUCCAGCAUGAGCCAUUCCAAAACCUCAAACAACAUGGUUUUGCGCGAAAUUUGUCGUGGGUCUUUGAUGGUGCCGAUGAGGAAGCUGAUUCAAUCCAGGCAAGAUUUAGUCUGGCGACCAGUCCCGAGAUCCAAAAAGUUUUUCUACCAGCCUUUGUGUGCAGGUACACUGUCACAAUAUCUGGAAACAGCCUGAGAACCACAUUACAAGUUACGAACCCAAGCGAAUCGGACUUCAACUUCCAAGCCCUUCUGCACACUUAUCUUCGCCUCCCAUCUGAGUGUCCACCAGCCGAUGUCCUUGUCGGUUCACUCAAGGGGCUCUCGUUCGCGGACAAAGUUGCGGGCGGGAAAGUCAGUGAGGAGAAGCGGGAAAAGCUAGACUUCAAGGAGGGCGAGGUUGAUAGAGUUUAUGAUCAUGUUCCUGAUGCCAUUGAGGUAAAAAUGGGCAACAAGAAGGUCAUAGACAUGAAGACCAUAUCUCUACCUAACUUGACAGUUUGGAAUCCUCAUCAAGAAAAAAGUGAUGCCAUGGGUGAUAUGGAAAAAGACGGCUGGAAAAGAUUCGUUUGCAUUGAGCCUGGCCACACCAGCUUUGUAAAAUUAAGUCCUAAGGCAUCAUGGACCGGCGAACAACUAUUGACCGCUAAAAUGAUUGAAUGA